ACCAAUCACAGCGCGGCUUGUUGGACCGUCCCCACAGCAGCCAUGGUGGGCAUGAGCCUCCUCAGGUCGGCUGCUGCUUUUGCAGCCAGGUUAGGUCCUCUGAAAGCUGGGAAUAAUGCAGCGCAUAUAAUCACUCGAACCAUCCCACGAACAGAUAAAGUGGCGAUCCGUUGGGGUCAUGGAAAGAAAAUGUUUGUGGUCAAACCGUCUGACUUUUACGACAGGAGAUUUUUGCGCUUAUUGCAAUAUUACAUACUGCUGACUGGUAUUCCAGUGGUUGUAUUUGUCACAGCCGUCAAUGUCUUCAUUGGCGAGGCAGAGCUUGCCGAGAUUCCUGAGGGCUAUGAACCUGAGCAUUGGGAGUACUACAAGCACCCCCUCACCAGGUGGAUUGUACGGAACAUUUAUGAUUCCCCAGUGAAGGACUAUGAAAAGAUGAUGGCUGCAAUCCAAAUUGAAAAGGAAAAAGCCGACAUGAGAUUGACACAGUUAGAGGUGCGUCGGCAGAUGAGACAGACUGGAGACGGCCCGUGGUUCCAAGUGCCGACGCUGGACAAGGAGCUAAUUGACCAUAGUCCCAAGUCAUCCCCUGACAAUUAAUGAAGGUGGUAACAUUGUGGUCAUCAGUCCUUCUGUUUGUAAAUUUUUCCCUUGUUGCUUAAAUAAAGUAUCUUUAUGUGGUCUGAUA